CGGCCGCCGCGCUCCUCACCGCCAUCUUGCCCGCGCCGCCACCGACGUUCGCCAUUUCAUCCGCCGCCGCCGGAAGUGACGUUUGCGCCGCGGCGAAGCCCGUUGGCGGCUGCCGGGCGAGGGCGGAACUUCCGGGGCGGUUGCUGGGUGACCCGGUGCGGAAGGGCCCGGCCCGGCCCGCUCGGAAACAAAGCGGGCGCGGCGCGGCGGGCCCGGGAUGGCGGCGCGGUGGGUGCGGCUCCGCGCCUGCCUGCUCCUGCAGCUCCUGCAGCAGGUGUACUGCGAAUAUGGGAUGGUACACGUCCUCUCAGAGAAAGGGAGCAGCAAAGGAAAAGACUACUGUAUCCUCUUCAACUCUCAAUGGGCCCAUUUGCCACAUGAUCUGGGUAAAGCUUCACUCUUGCAACUGCAGGAUCAGACAGCAUCUGUUUUAUGCUCUCCUUCUGAUGUACCUGAUGGGGGAUUUAAUAAUCAGAUCCCCAUGGUGAUGAGAGGGAAUUGCACCUUCUAUGAGAAAGUGAGACUUGCUCAGAUAAAUGGAGCUCGUGGGCUGCUGAUUGUUAGUAGAGAGAGACUGGUACCUCCUGGUGGUAACAGGAGUCAAUAUGAAGAGAUUGAUAUUCCUGUGGCUCUGCUCAGCUAUACUGAUAUGUUAGAUAUUGGCAAGAGUUUUGGCAGCUCAGUGAAAGGGGCAAUGUAUGCACCAAAUGAGCCUGUGCUGGACUAUAACAUGGUGAUCAUAUUUGUCAUGGCUGUGGGGACUGUUGCAAUUGGAGGCUACUGGGCAGGAAGCAGAGAUGUGAAAAAGCGGUACAUGAAGCAUAAACGUGAUGAUGGGGCAGAGAAACAUGAUGAUGAAACAGUUGAUGUGACUCCAAUAAUGAUCUGUGUAUUUGUAGUGAUGUGCUGCUCAAUGCUGGUCCUCCUUUAUUUCUUCUAUGACCACUUAGUCUAUGUUAUCAUAGGAAUCUUCUGCCUGGCUGCCUCGAUUGGUCUUUACAGUUGUUUGUCUCCCUUUGUAAGAAGAUUCCCCUUGGGAAAGUGUAGAAUCCCAGACAACAACUUGCCUUAUUUUCACAAGCGUCCGCAGGUCCGGAUGUUGCUGUUGGCAAUAUUUUGUAUCUCUGUCAGUGCAAUCUGGGGAGUCUUCAGAAAUGAAGAUCAGUGGGCCUGGGUUCUGCAAGAUGCUUUAGGAAUCGCUUUCUGUCUCUACAUGUUGAAAACAAUUCGCCUGCCUACAUUUAAGGGUUGUACGUUGCUCCUCCUGGUUCUUUUUGUGUAUGAUGUGUUCUUUGUAUUUAUCACACCUUUUCUAACAAAGACUGGGGAGAGUAUAAUGGUGGAGGUGGCUGCAGGCCCAUCUGAUUCUGCCACUCAUGAAAAGCUCCCAAUGGUCCUGAAAGUGCCACGGCUGAACUCCUCACCACUGGCUCUGUGUGACAGGCCUUUUUCUCUCCUAGGAUUUGGAGACAUUUUAGUUCCAGGCUUGCUGGUGGCCUAUUGCCACAGGUUUGAUAUUCAGGUGCAGUCCUCCAGAGUCUAUUUUGUAGCCUGCACUAUAGCCUAUGGCAUAGGCCUUCUUGUGACCUUUGUUGCCUUGGCACUGAUGCAGAUGGGCCAACCUGCUCUCCUCUACCUGGUGCCCUGUACUCUUCUCACCAGCUUUGCUGUGGCUCUUUGGAGAAAGGAGCUUGCAAUGUUCUGGACGGGCAGCGGCUUUGCGAAAGACCUACCUCAGCCUCCCUUGGUGAUAGCUCCUGUCAACAGCCCUGAGCUUCCCAAAGAUAGCAAUGUACCAGCCUCCCAGCAAGACACAGAGCAAACAACCAGUCCCACCCUCCACAUGAAGGAGCUGCAUGGCCCCACCUCAGCUGCAGAGGAGCUGGCUGAUACUGACACAAAGACGGACCAGGCAGAAAUCUCUGUUGCACAGAGUGAGGAACCAGUUGGUCAGAAUAAAGAUGACCCUGAAAGCAAAUGCUUACGUGCAGAGCAAAAACAGCUGGAAUGAAUGAUAAUAAGAACUCCUUUAUUUUCCCUCACAAACAUAUCCAUUUAAAACCAGUAUGUAUUUAGGACUGGUUUAGUAGUGUUUGCAUUCAUUGAGGAACCUCACUGGGAGUCUGAUCAUCAAAUCCAACAAGGAAUGUUCUGCUUCCAGCUUCGGUACAGCCACACACUUAAACAUCUUCAUGAAAUAUGGUGCUCUACAAAGGUUCUGAUGGAUUUCAAUGAUCAUUUAUUAGUGAAUGCCUUUGACUGUUCCAUUUUCAUUAUACCAGGGUAGUAUUAAGAGUCUUUAUUUACACAGUACUCUGUACUUGUGUGACUGUUUUGCUGCUUCAGCGUAGUGUAGGUUAACAGGAAGGCAAAGCAUUGAACAAGUCUGCUGCAAUGCUUGAGAGAACCAUGCCAGUUAUUUUAGCACUUUCCCUUUUCUAACCUUUUACUCUACUUUUUCCUACUUGUCGUAGCCAUUGAUACAAGGGAAUGCUUUAGUAGAAACUGACAUUCAGGAAAUGCAGAGAAUGGUCAAAUUACCAGACUCUGAAGGAAUUUUUGCUACCAUGGUGCAUUAAAUGCAUCUCUUAACUUUGUUUUUACUUCCAGGUACCUGGGUUGGCUUCUAGUUUAGUUUAAAAAGCAGGAUGAAAGGAGCUAUAGGAAGCUGUCCAAGCACCUGUAUGAGGUCUGGGGGCUGUCUCUGAAAAUAGUUUGUCACAGAACACUGUCUGCAAGCAGAAGCAUAUUAAGAAUGUUUAAUGCUUUAGAAAUAAAAUACAAGCCAAGUAUGUAAGAAAAUAGGUAGUAGAAUUAUACAAAGAUUAAAUAGGCAGUAUUUUCAUUGGGGAAAUGUUAAAGCAAAGCAGUAAAAGUUCAUAUGUUUGGGAUUUUGAGCUUCUACUUUUAAUUUCUUAAGGAAUAUAAUUUCAAUUUCUAAUUUUGAAGAAAAUAAUCUGGUGUUUUCAUUCCCAAGGGAGCAUGUAUGGUGCUAUAGUCAGUUGUGAUUUAAAGCUGCUUGCUUCUCAGUAUCCAAUCAGCUGCCUCAUUCACGUUUUGUCUUUGUCUCAAGAGAAGCCAAAGCAUGGCCUGUCAGGUUCUGGAAUGAGGAUGUGAUCUAGCCUAUUAGUUUGCACCUCUUGCUACAUGACAUUGUGAAAUACUAAAUUUGUAAAUUUAAAACGUUUUGGGGUGCAGCUGGUCUUACUUUCAAUUCACUGGUCUUUGACUUCCUGAAAUUGUGCAUUUUCCUGUGUAAUAUGAUUGAGUCUUUUAUGCAUCAACUUUAGUAUACAUAGAAGAAUUAUGUGAUUUCCCUAUUAUUUAUUCCACUUAAGAACAUUUGACUUUAUCAAAAGUGUCUGUUCUAUGCUCAAAUUGCAGUCCCAAAAAGCCUCAAACACUUCACGUUAAAACUGAAAUGGGAAAUGGAAGUAUUCUAUGAUUCUAGAAUAUUAUUCCAAAUGACAUAAAAGAAGUAUUUUUCAGAGUACUUGAGAGCCAAGAAUGUCAUUUACAGAAGUACAAUAACAACACGACCAGAGGCAAUGCCUUUAAAUUAAGAGUCUCCAGUUGGCAUGUUGAGUUGGAUUCUGAAGAGCUAUCUUUUAAUGUCUGUCCGUUAAGUUUCAGCCAUUGUCUUUUUGACUAGUCUUCCAAAAGUUUCUUUUUUUAAGAUAACUUCUGUUUUUAUCUGUUUCCCAAUGGGUGGACAGUAUUCUUUCUCUAGAAUGUAAAGACUUGCUGUAAAACCACACUGUGGCUUCAGCAGUUUCUGCUUAAAGCCUCAAACCCUCUCUGAUAAAUUGAUUUAAUGCUGAGUUUCUUGAAAGGCUUCUGGAGUCCAAAGCCUUGCACUACAUUUAGUUUAUGAAUCACCCUAAUGGAAGGUAGCAGCACUAAAGACAUCUGUGUUUCAAUCUCCUCUUUAAUGGACUAUGUCACUUUUGCCAGUAGUAAUCUGAACCAAUUAUUACUAAUAAAGAGCAACAGAGACAUUUUACUGAACAUUUCAGCCAGCUGGAUUAUGCCUUAAUUUAAGCCAUUGUAUAAGUAUGUAUAUUAAAUUAAGAAAACAACCUUGUGUUUAAAUAAUGAACUUAACAAAUAGCAAAAAAAGAGACUGACUCGAAGUUCUGUGAUUUUUGGCCUUGAUUUUCUUUCAGUCAUAAUGUUAUUUGGAAUAACCUUUUUAUAUACUUAAAAGCCAGGUAGCUUUCUGAUGAUGAAGCAUUAAGUUUUAUCAUCUACUUGAAAGUGUAUUUUAACAUUUGUUCUCCUAUGUUGUGGGCUAGGAAACAGUUCCUUUCUGAAAUUGUCUAUAACAAUUAAAAUGAAAGAAUUCAUAACACUUCAGUUGCAGGCAUUUAACAGCUGCUUUGUUCACGUUGCACGUUGGAGCACGUGCUCACCUUAUGUUUUUGGGGGUGUUUUCCUUCUGUUUUUAAGGGGGGGUUGUUUUGCUUUUGUUUUUUCAAACUACAAACUCAAUGUGGAAAAAAACCAAUAGCUCCUCAAUGCAAUAUCUGCAGUUAAAGUAUGUGAAGUGGCAGUUACAUACUUUGACUGUUCCAGUACUGUACCAAUAGGUGACCCUGCUGCAUCAGUUUGGCUGCGACUGUUCAGACCCUGAUCCUGGGCAGCUCAGUUCCUUCCAUCAGAAACCAAGGCUGUGAGGGGUUUUUUUGUCUUUCAAAAACCUCUCUGACCAGCUUAAUGUAAAAAUGUUGUAUAGGAAAAUGUGAAGAAUGUUCAGUGUAGCUGAAUCUGGUUUUAUUUAUGAUUGCAGGGAAACCUCCCCCACUAAGCUGGAGUUAAAAUGCUCAGAGUAAUGGAAGUCAUAUUGAUGUUGAAAGCAACGUUGAUGCACUUCUUGUUUACAUCUUUCUCAUCCUAAGCCUUUACCUAACUAUCUAAAAAUAUAAUAAGGACUGGUUUUGAAAACUUGUAUGAGUUCAGGGAAAGCACUUGUUUUAGUAAAAAAAUGCAAAAAAACUUAAACAACAAGAAGCUCCACACACAAAAAAAAAAUUAUUAAAAAUCAUAACUUUCCUGGGUCUGAAA